AUGGGUAGUGCACUUAACACACGGCUUUUCGAUUAUGUUUGGGUUCAGUUUUAUAAUAAUCCUUCAUGCCAAUAUAACUUAGGGAAUGUUAACAAUCUUUUGAGUUCUUGGAGGAAAUGGACCUCGUUGGUGCCAGCAACCAAGAUAUUCAUGGGUUUACCGGCUGCAGGAAGUGGGUUCGUCCCUGCAAAUGUGUUGAAUUCUAAGGUAUUACCAGUGAUCAAGACUUCAGCCAAGUAUGGAGGUGUGAUAUUGUGGAAUAAGUAUUAUGAUGAUCAGAGUGGAUAUAGUAAUUCCAUUAAGAACAGUGUCUGA